GGUGGGGCCGCGGCGCUACCUGCGGGCCAGGCAGCCGAGGAGGAGCCGCUGCGGAGUUCUGCCAGAAGUCCGGCACCAUGUUCCAGGGCCCCGAAACUGACUCGGCCAAGCCCAGCUCCAGGGUGCUGAAGCCCCCGGGAGGAGGUUCUAGUAAUCUCUUUGGGAAUACAGAAGAAGUUUCCUCUUCAAGCAGGCCCCACCGGAUGGCAUCCAGUAUCUUUGGAGCAUCAGAAGAACCUCAAAACAUUCCAAAAAGAACAAACCCUCCAGGGGGAAAAGAAAGUGGUAUUUUUGAGGACGCUGGUUCUGCUCAGCCUCGUCCACGCCUGAAUCCACCUGGUGGGAAGACAAGUGAUAUCUUUGGAUCUCCUGUGUCUACCAGUGUUGUGCGAGCACACCCAAACAAGCCUAAGGAUCACAUUGUCUUGAAAGAAGAUGAAACACCAAAGAAGCUCGAAGCUACAGAAAAUAUCAAACCACAGCUGGAAGAUGGAGGCGAGAAGAAAGAUCUGGGCAAAGACGAGCAGCGCAAGGAGCCAGAACCCAAGAUAGACAAUCAUGAGCCCCGCUUAGGGCCCAGGCCACGGUCACACAACAAAGUUCUCAAUCCACCGGGGGGCAAAUCCAGUAUUGCCUUCUACUAGGGGCAUCUGUUCACUAAUGGAGUCCAUACAGAAACUGUUGUCUGUGGGGGUGAGGUCAGUUGGUAGACUAUUGUUUGUGGGUAGAUCUGUAGGCAGAGGGAUGAGGGUUAUGCUAAAGGGUGUAGGAAGGAUAACCUCAUGAUCUGGGGAGGGAGGGCUGGGGAGGGAGAGGGUGCCCUGUGGAAGAUGUGAGUAUUGGCCUGCCUGGGUGGGUGUCAGAGGGGGUCAUUAGUGUUACUUUGUGAAAGAUCAGUGUGACUUUAUUCAUCAGACUCCGAGCUCCUUUGUUAGCUGGACACUUGUGGAGUCAGGCUUAUCCAUACAGUCAAUACACAAACCUUAUAAAUGGGUAGAGUCCUGGAGGCAACACAUGAAAGAUUGUGAAGCACACACAGCAAGUGGCUGUGUGUUUGUCUAGGCAAUAAGGUGCAGCUUCACUGCAUGAGCCAACCUGCAGUCACUUAAGCGUAAAUUGAGCUCCAGUGGAACAAGUAGUGCUACUGUGCUUUGCAGUGUCCACUCUGCCUCUUUCUCCUUCAUGCCUUGCAGCAUGUGCUUGCUGAUCAGCAAGGACAAAACAUUAUUUUAUUCUCAUAACCAUCAUAUGUUUAUGACUAUCGUGAUCUCUCCUUCCCCAGAGCACCUUGCUGCUGCUCUCAGUAAUCUGCUGAUGGCUACCUUUUGACAAGUGAUAGUCUCAGCCCAACCUACUGUUUCACAUAGCCGGUUCCAGAAUACUUCUUUAAACUCUGCUAGACUGUUUCCUGGUAAAGAUGAGGAGGCAAACAGUAGCUUUAUGGUUAUUUUUGAAAAGAAGCAGCUUGAAAUAUACAAUGACCAUGGAGAAUGUAGGGAGGUGUCCAGCCAGCUAGCUCUGACCCACCCUGUGUAGCAGAGUCUUAGCUUCUGCAAAGGUUUUAACUUUGUACCCUGCAGAAACCAGCACUGUUCUGCUGUCUUCCCCACAGUGCAUUUUUCUGUUUGUUUGUCUGUGCUGACUCUGUUAGUGAAUUCUUUUGUCUCUGGACAACUUUACAUUUGCCUUUGACUGCCUCAGAAUUUUGUUGGUAAGGCUGAGAGAACUGUGUGGAUUCUCCUCAAACCACAGCUGUAGUUGUUUUCAGACUACCCUAUGUGGAGAAAGAAAGGCUUUAGCAAUACAAACUUUCUGGUUGUGCUGGCUCUCUUCAAUCAUGUUUGGAAGGUGUGCAUCUUUUGCACAAAUGUCUUAGGGAGAGUAGCUCCCAUCAUUUGUUUUCUGAAUGGACUUUCUGAUCGUAUCCAGAGCUUUGAUACACGAAUGUUCCUAUUAGGUGCUUACUCUUCAAUGUAUUUAGUAGUGACUUUUAAAAUUUGCCAUGUAGCCUCGGGAUUUGUCCAGGUACACACCAAAGAACAAGUGGCCUUAUCUGUGUAAAUCCACUGCUGUUCUAGCCCAGGCUUCCCCGGAGCUGCUGCUGUUCAGGGAGGACUGCCUGGGCCAGGUGCUAAAACAUGAUUGUGGUGCUUACUGGACCACUCAAUUCAGCUGAUGUCCUAAGUGGUAGAUGGCUACAUGAAGACUUAAUUGCCUUUUCAAAUGGUGAAAGUGGAAUAUAUGGGCAAGGGUGGAAAUAGCCAUGGAAUCUCAAUGCCCUUGUACCUUUCAGACAGGUUUGGGUCUCCCUGCUAUUUGCGCCCCCCCAGGAAAACAAGACAGUGAUUCCAGCUGCAGCCCUGGAACGGAUUUGUUUUGCUUCCAAACAUGUAUCCUGUAGCAGCUGUUCUUGAGUCUGUGCUGCCUGGCCUCUGGCUGAGUCUCGGACAUCUCUCUGUUUCAGUUCCUUGUUCUGUUACUUGACAGGGCUUUAAGAAAAGUCACCCAGAGGCUGGAUUUUGCGUUGCAGGGUCUAGUGUGACAGAUGCUGUCUGUACUGCCGAGCUUAGAUUCGGCAGCUUUUGUACCUGAUGUGCAUUGGUUAUGGUGCCUGCCUUAAAGAGCAACUUCCAACUAGGCCUUAAAUUAGUUAACCUACAUCCAUUUUCUUGCUUGCUUUGGAAUCUAAACCAAGUUUUCAACUCAUCAAGUUUGAUAAGGGUAUUUCUCCACGACAGAAGAGGAUUGGAAAUCAAAUGAUGAAUCAUGCAAUUGUCAAUAAACCUCUGUAUUUUGUUACUUCACUGCGUGCUGCAGAUGUCUGCUUUUAUAACUGAAUGAAUAGUUUAGAUUAAUGCAAGUACAGCAGAGAUGUUUAGUUUGCUGAAAGUAGAAAAAGGGCACAAAUCUUGUUAGGCCCUUGAUACAGUGGAGCAUACCUUGGAGAAGUGACAUCCCACUCAAGGUCGCUCAUGAGACAAGCACUUGUUCCUGCCGAGGAUGGAGGGUUCAGCAGUGCCUCUGUGUGGGCACCAUUCUGUAUUGUGUUUGGUGUAGGGAUGCUGUUACACUUUUCAGCAAUACUGUAAAUAGCUGCAAAUAUUAAAUUCUUUACAAUGUUUCA